AUGAAGAGAAAUUACCUCUGGGCGGUUACUGCCCUGGCCAAAGCGGCACACGCUUCCCUCCAACAGCCCUUGGGCGAAAGCCUCCAGCCUGGAACGGUGCAUCUGUCCGAGCUUGAUAAUAUCGUCGCUUCAUCGCCUCUUCUAUCAUUUCAUAGAAACAUUGUGGAGAUCCCAUCUGUUAGUGGCGACGAGAAAUACGUCGGAGAAUUCGUCCUGGACUUUCUAUCGUCACACAACUGGACAGUAGAAAAGCAGAUCGUCAUCCCCGAAUCCGGUGACAUCAAAGAGCGAUUCAAUGUCUAUGCUUAUGUCGGUGAUAAUCGGUAUCCCGACGUGCUACUGACCAGCCACAUUGAUACCGUCCCGCCUUUUAUUCCUUAUUCACUCCAUCCGCCAGCACCAGGAGGAUCGUCAUUCAGUCGAAAGGACCUAGUCAUUGCAGGGCGCGGCACUGUAGAUGCCAAAGCAAGCGUAGCAGCUAUAGUCUUCGCUGCUAUCGAGACUCUUCGCGAUAAUCCAGAUGCCUCAAUCGGGCUAUUGUUCGACGUCGGCGAGGAAAGAUUCGGGGAUGGAAUCAAACACUUCUCAGACUCGGAUCUAAACACAAACCCACCUACAUUCCAUACGGUUAUCUUCGGAGAGCCUACCGAGCUCAGUCUCGUUGCCGGUCACAAAGGCGGGGUUGGGUUGAAGGUGAUCGCCAAAGGCAAAGCCGCCCAUUCCGGAUACCCCUGGCUAGGGGACAGUGCGAUCUCAGCCAUCCUCCCUGUUUUGUCCCGUCUUGAUAAUCUUGAAAAUGUCCAUCCCAAGGACGGUGGACUUCUUCGAAGUGACAAGCUGGGCAAGUCGACUUUGAAUAUCGGUCAGAUUUAUGGCGGUGUCGCUGGAAAUGUCGUGCCAGCGUACGCCGAAGCAUCAGUCUCGGUCCGCCUCGCAGCAGGGACACCGGAAGACACCAGAGAGAUUCUCCAGCGAGCUGUCGAUGAAGUGACUGGAAGAGAUGGCAGCGUGAUCUUAGACUUUGGUGGACCAAAACCUGGCGGUGCGCCGCCUCAAUAUUUCGAUACGGACGUGGAGGGAUUUCACGUUAUUACUGUGAACUAUGGGACAGAUGCUGCGUCUCUACAUAUCCAUGAUCAAGAUACCCCGAAAGUGCGCAGGUAUCUCUAUGGGCCUGGAACUAUUCAUGUUGCACACGGUGAUGACGAAGCUAUCACUGUAGGAGAUCUGGAGGAAGCGGUACGCGGUUACAAAAGACUGAUCUCGGCUGCUCUGCAAAAUUCGUGA